AUGCCCGCAGGGCCGGUACAGGCCGGGCCUCCGGCACAGCCGGCACCACCCGCAGAGAGCAAACCGCCAGAAGAGGAGCCAAAAGAGGAAGCAGCACCGGCCAAGCCUGUGGUGGGAAUUAUUUAUCCUCCUCCGGAGGUCAGGAACAUCGUUGACAAGACUGCCAGCUUCGUGGCCAGAAAUGGUCCAGAAUUUGAAGCUCGAAUUCGUCAGAAUGAAAUAAAUAACCCCAAGUUCAAUUUCUUGAAUCCCAACGACCCUUACCAUGCAUACUACCGGCACAAAGUCAGCGAGUUCAAAGAGGGCAAGGCCCAGGAGCCCUCAGCUGCUAUUCCCAAGGUUAUGCAACAGCAGCAAACUGCUCAGCAGCAGCUUCCACAGAAGGUGCAGGCCCAGGUGAUCCAGGAGACCGUUGUUCCCAAAGAGCCACCUCCGGAGUUUGAGUUCAUUGCAGAUCCUCCCUCCAUCUCAGCCUUUGACUUGGAUGUGGUGAAGCUGACGGCGCAGUUUGUGGCUCGGAAUGGGCGGCAGUUCUUGACGCAGCUGAUGCAGAAAGAGCAGAGGAACUAUCAGUUUGACUUCCUUCGCCCGCAGCACAGCCUGUUUAACUACUUCACGAAGCUGGUUGAGCAGUACACGAAGAUCCUGAUCCCACCAAAAGGCUUACUCAUCAAACUCAAGAAGGAGGCUGAAAAUCCCAAGGAAGUCCUAGAUCAGGUGUAUUACAGAGUGGAGUGGGCAAAGUUCCAAGAGCGAGAGAGAAAGAAGGAAGAGGAAGAGAAGGAAAAGGAGCGUGUUGCUUAUGCCCAGAUUGAUUGGCACGACUUUGUGGUUGUGGAAACAGUGGACUUUCAGCCCAAUGAACAAGGGAAUUUUCCUCCUCCCACCACUCCGGAAGAGUUGGGAGCUCGAAUCCUCAUCCAGGAGCGUUAUGAGAAGUUUGGGGAAAGUGAGGAGGUGGAAAUGGAGGUGGAGUCAGAUGAAGAAGAUGAAAAGCAAGAGAAAACAGAUGAGCCCCCGACCCAGUUGGAUCAAGAUACACAAGUGCAGGAUAUGGAUGAGGGCUCAGAUGAUGAAGAUGAAAGUCAGAAGGUUCCUCCUCCACCAGAAACCCCAAUGCCGCCACCUCUUCCUCCAACACCAGACCAGGUCAUUGUGCGGAAAGACUACGAUCCCAAAGCCUCAAAACCAUUGCCGCCUGCCCCAGCUCCGGAUGAGUAUCUCGUUUCCCCCAUCACUGGGGAGAAAAUUCCUGCCAGCAAAAUGCAAGAACACAUGCGGAUUGGUCUCCUGGAUCCUCGGUGGCUGGAGCAGCGUGAUCGAUCUAUCCGUGAAAAGCAGAGCGACGAUGAGGUCUAUGCCCCAGGUUUGGAUAUCGAAAGCAGCUUGAAGCAGCUGGCAGAACGCCGUACCGAUAUCUUUGGUGUGGAAGAAACUGCCAUUGGUAAAAAGAUUGGUGAAGAAGAAAUCCAGAAACCAGAGGAAAAGGUGACCUGGGAUGGCCACUCAGGCAGCAUGGCCCGCACACAACAGGCUGCUCAGGCCAAUAUUACUCUUCAAGAGCAAAUUGAAGCUAUCCAUAAGGCCAAGGGACUGGUGCCAGAAGAUGACAGCAAGGAGAAGAUUGGUCCCAGCAAACCCAACGAAAUGCCCCAGCCUCCCCCUCCUUCAUCAGCAUCAAAUCCCCCAGCGAGUGCUCAGCCCAUCACAUCUGUGCCUCGUCCACCCACAAUGCCCCCUCCUGUUCGUGCCGCCGUUGUUUCUGCUGUUCCUGUCAUGCCUCGUCCCCCGAUGACUUCUGUGGUCCGUUUGCCUCCGGGGUCUGUCAUAGCCACCCCUAUGCCACCAAUAAUCCACACCCCACGGAUCAACGUUGUCCCCAUGCCGCCCUCUGCUCCUCCCAUCAUGAGCCCCCGCCCGCCUCCCAUGAUCGUGCCAACAGCGUUCGUUCCAGCACCUCCCGUGGCUCCGGUCCCUUCCCCAGCCCCGAUGCCCCCUGUUCACCCACCACCACCGAUGGAGGAUGAGCCGGUUUCAAAGAAACUGAAGAGUGAGGACAGCCUGAUUCCAGAGGAGGAGUUCCUGCGCAGGAACAAGGGUCCUGUCACGGUCAAAGUCCAGGUUCCCAACAUGCAGGACAAGACGGAAUGGAAACUGAACGGCCAAGUGUUGGUGUUCACCCUGCCGCUGUCAGACCAGGUGUCUGUUAUAAAGGUUAAGAUCCAUGAGGCCACGGGGAUGCCAGCUGGGAAACAGAAGCUGCAGUACGAGGGCAUCUUCAUCAAGGAUUCAAACUCCCUGGCUUAUUAUAACAUGACAAGUGGCUCUCUGAUUCACCUGGCACUCAAAGAAAGAGGAGGCAGGAAGAAAUAGGAGCCGUGGAGCCCGGAGACGUAACGGCUCCUUUGCCACUUGUGUAGCCCCAACCAUUCGAAUCCUCCAGCCUUUUAGGGGCCACUGUGACAAGCUGCAGACUGCCUACCAGCUUGUUUGAGAAGAGAGACUGUGAACCCAGUGCUUGGGUGGCUAAAGAGAGGGAGGAGGCUGGUAGAGCCCUGAAAGCUGUGCGAGUGUAGUGAGCUAGUACGUAACUGCAGCGGUCUGUUAGUGAUCGAUGCUUUGCUAGAGUGCUGGUGUCCAGGUUUGCUGUCUCCCCGGUAAAUUCCCCAGAGAAGCCACAUUGAGGUCAUGCCCAGCUUAGUCUAGAUCCAUCUUUGAGGGAUUUAUACUGACCAAGAACAUCAUCUGUCUGGCCACAGUGGUUGCUGCUUUAUUUAACCCUUUUUCUAAUUGAAAACUUCUUUCUCAGUGUACUUGCUAAGCCCCUUGUUCUUUUUCUGUCUCAAAUCUAUCUGCAAGAGCCUCUUGCACUGACCCUGACUUGGAGUUUUAUCCUCUCUCAGUGUAAGUGUGCAUGGCUGUCCCUCGCGAUAAAGGAGAUCCGGGACUGCAUGCUCAGCAGCUUCGUGCUUGUUCUGUACAGCCCGUGAUUUGUUUUAAUAAACACGCAUCUCGGUGCGA